CCAUAGGGUCCUUGCAAUUUUUUCACAGUGCGAAGCAUUUCAUCGGCAUUUCCCCUCUUUUGCGCACAUUGACCCCGGCUUCCUGAGAAGCGGGAUGCGCCCUCUUGAGAAAGCAAGGCUGUUUGUUGGUUUUGGCUCAACAACGGUGUGUUAUUGAGAAGCGAGGAAAAGGCUGCUUGGCUUCUACGCAAACAGAGGCAGGCAUGAAAUCCCCACUUGUUGUGUGCCCUGUGGCUCCGCGGUUGUGUUGGAAGCACAUCUGGGAAGGAGCCUGGCUCCUUGGUUGGGCGUGAAAUCCUCUCUCUUCCUCAUCUGCACUACAUAGCGUUACGCCUAAAUUAAUAGCAUUUCCUUCUUCUUUACAUUGAACUUCCAGUGAUUGCAUUAUGGCAGCCAAACCAGUGGAUCUCACAGAGCCGCUGGAUGUGGAAGACGUGGGAGAGGAGUUUUCAAGGAAGAAAAAGUCCAGGUUCCAGAGUUUCAAGAACUUCUUUGCCAAGAAGAAGAAGGCCAGAGCGGCACCGACUUCUUUGGGAGGGACCAAGCUGAAACCCAGCCAAUCCAGCUCUGACCUGGCUGCCACUGACUCCGAAUCCGGCUUACUUGGUUUACCGAUGGAGCCAACAUCCAAAGGGAGCAUGGGAAGCAAAGCCUUAUCGCACGACAGCGUCUUCAUUUGUGAAUCGUUACCCGACGUAGCCGACAAAACAGCCUCGCAGGACAACCUUCCAGGGAAGGUGAACGCCUUGCAGCUUCGGUUACAGCCGAAUCUUCGGCUCGGCUCGCCUCCGCUCGUCAUCCCUGGCAAAAAGGCGGAAGACGUCGGUGCCAUGUCUGAAGACGACGGCUUGCCCAAAAGCCCUCCAGAGAUCUCCACCCUCCACGAUGUCCUGGCCUGUCCCACCAGUGAGUCUUCCAACCCAUUCCAGCGCCAUAGCAAUUUGAGUUUAGACAGUGAAGAUGACCAGGUAAAUAGCUGCUGCUUUUCCUGCUACUGCUAUCAACCUGUGCAACGACUCACAGGCUCACUUAACCAUUCUGAUCUUGUUUGCAAGGUCGCCUCCGAAUCCGCCUCCAGACCUCUCAGCCCAGUGGUUCUUGGGCAUCCGGCCUUGGCAAUGGGUCAUUUUGUUCCAGCCGAUUUCAACAGCCCGGCCACUCCAUUGGGCUGCCUGGAUACCUCGGCCGCCAGGCACAAGAUGGCCGUGCAUCCGCGGAGGCAGAAAGCCUUUGCCAACAAAACCCAAAGUCUUUUUAUGGAACAGCUAGAGAAGGAGGAAUGCUCUUUUGGAAGUGCCGAAGGGAAAUCGAGCCCACCAGAAUCACCCGAAGGUGCUGAGAGCCAUGGAAAGGAUCGGAAAGGCCUACCAGCCCAGAAUGCAAAGAUCCCAAGUUGGACUAAGAACAUAUUGCCCGCGACAAGGGUGGCUGACGCUUUGCGCUAUUCCUGGAAUGCUGGACCCGGCACAGAUGGGGAUUGGCACCUCUGUUUGGAGAUGGAAAAGGAGGUCGCUGUGCAGAUGGAUGGCCGGAACAAAGAGCUACCAAAAUGUGAAGAAAAGGAGGAUAUGGAGGAGGAAGAGGCGAAAAGAACGGAUGGUCUCAAACAUCAUCUUGCAAAAGAGGUCACUGAAUGUGCCAAGUCUUUACCUCCAGAGGCAGAAGCUGCUGGACCUGGUGAUUUGCCAUUUUCAGCAAUGCCUGGAGAUGUUCCAGGAAAGGACCAUGAUCUACCAACUGAAUAUAUUCAUUCUUCUUGCCCACAGUCAGUAGACCAAGACUCGGUAGAUUCUAGAACUGUUAGUGAUGUGAAAUAUGGUGAGAAAGCAGGAGAUAGGACUUGGAAUGGUUCUUGGAGCCCUGCGCCCGAUUCUGCGGAGUUUGUUCCUUCACCGGUUUCAGAGACUUUGUCAGAGGCAGAGGAGAUCUCAACUUUUGAAGAUGUUCCAACAGUCAAAGAAGGAGAGGAAGAAUCUGCAGAUGUGGAGACGGAACUGUUUGGAAGCCACACGCAACAAGAAGAGGUGGCCGCCUUCGUUGCCAAAAUAGAAGAACCUCAGCUCCAGAAAGCCGCACGUGAAAGCCCUUUUCCCUCCUCCGAUCCAUGUACCUCUCCCUUGAGAAACAGCCCAGGAAGGCAAGAAGAAAACAUGAUUCGGCGAUCAUUGAAUUGUCCUUCCUUUCCUCUGGAAGCUGCUGAGAUACCUUCCAAAAGCAUCCCUCUUGAUAAUGACUCUGGUGAGUCGUCAGAAAACGUGAAAACUGGAGAAGAAAGUAAAAAUCCUGAUGAGGAUGUCGAGUCGCAAGCGAAAUGCGUUUCUGCCAAGCCGGUGAGGUUCACCAUUGCUCCAGCUUGGCAGCGAUCGCUCUCGGGAGGAUCGAGCUCGACGGACAGCGCUUGCCUUACAAGCUCUCCAUCUUCUCCUCCCAUCAAACCAGAACUGUUCGAAGGAACACCUCAACCGGACUCCGCUUUGCCAGGGUGUUUAUUCCACAGCCCAGAAAGACUUGAGAGGAGUAAAAGCAGCACCAAUUCCAUAACCGAGCAGCCCAACAAGGAACCGCACGGCCAGGAGAGCCCGUUUGGGGUGAGGCUGAGGAGGACCUCCUCUUUACUCAAAUACCAGAUGGAGCAGCAGCGUCAGGAGAGGCUAAAGCAAACUCCAUCGCCAGCAUCUUCUGCAGCCGCCACUGUCUUAGCCAAAGACGAACCAAAGGUACCCAUUUCUGAGACUCCGCCGCCAAAGAGAACAACAGGCAGCGUCAAAGGUUUGGUGGCAAAGCCUGAGAAGAAGUCCCUCAAGGCCAAAGCGGAAGAAGGGCCAACCAAGCAGCAGAUGAGCAGAGCUUCAGGGAUUCCUGUUGCAGAGACAGGACAGCUUCAGAAGCAUUUGGCUAAUUACCGAGAGCAAGACGAAGAGGAAAACCUGGGUUGGACUCUCUCUGAUCCUUUCCUUGCAGAUCAAAGCCCGUCCGCACCUUUGGAACCCCCGUCGCCUGAACCGGCCUGGAUUUCAAUGGCAAAACUCAAACGGAGCGGCUUCCAAGGCUUCCCUCUCAUCGAAGGACAGAAAAGAGACCAGAAACCUUUGGCCAACGCAGAGCAAGCGGGGGAGAAGCACGUUGGUGUUUCACAGCAGGAAAAGCACUUGAAUCUGACUGGUCUGCCCUUAUUGAAAAACAGCAUCCCACACCAUGUCCUUGAGAUGAAAACACAGCCAAAGAUGACCACGUCGGCUCCAAAAGCAAAGCCUAUCAGAGCAGCUUCUCGGGAGGUCCGUCCGAUGGAAAAAGAAACCCAUCUGUUGCCAAGCCUGCCUCUCUCUUCUUGCGGUAGCCCUUCAGAGCCGCCGUGGCUUUCUUUGGCCAAGCAGAAGGCCAAAGCAUGGAGCGAAAUGCCCCAGAUUGUGCAGUAGCCCCUCCGGUGACUCUCUGUCCGUUGGCUACAUUAACAAAGCCUACUUAUGUCUUCACUGUGAGCACUUGGGAACGAGAAGCCACCUUCUAAUGUAUGCUCAUUCCAAAAAGUAUUGUGGAUACAGGUUUAACUCGAGCUAACAGUUGGCAUUUGUGCACGAAAUGCUUUCAUUGGGAUGGCAUCAAUGCUCCAGGAAUGGUCACCAAAGGUCAGAGUUCCCACCAAGGAGGAUCUUGAAGGUUUUCUUCUUCUAAAGGCUGUUCUUUCAAGGCAACUUGGGCAGAAUUUUCACAGCAAAAUGCUCCAGGAAUGGUCACCAAAGGUCAGAGAUCCCACCAAGAUAGAUCUUGAAGGGUUUCCCCUUCCAAAGAUUGACUUUUCAAUGCAACUUGGGAAGUAUUUUCUCAGCAAAAUGCUCCAGGAAUAGAUACCAAAGGUCAGAGGUGCCACCAAGAAAGAUCUUGAAGGUUUUCUCCUUCCAAAGGUUGUCUUUUCAAGGCAACUUGGGCAGUAUUUCCUCAGCAAAAUGCUUCAUUGAAGGUCAGAGAUGCCACCAAGAAGGAUCUUGAAGGUUUUCUCCUUCCAAAGGUUGUCUUUUCAAGGCAACUUGGGCAGUAUUUCCUCAGCAAAAUGCUCCAGGAAUGGUCACCGAAGGUCAGAGAUCCCACCAAGAUAGAUCUUGAAGGGUUUCCCCUUCCAAAGAUUGACUUUUCAAUGCAACUUGAGCAGUAUUUCCUCAGUAAAAUGCUUCAUUGAAGGUCAGAGAUGCCACCAAGAAGGAUCUUGAAGGCUUUCUCCUUCCAAAGAUUGUCUUUUUCAAGGCAACUUAGGCAGUAUUUCUGCAACAAAAUGCUCCAAGAAUGGUCACAGAAGGUCAGAGAUCCCACCAAGAUAGAUCUUGAAGGGUUUCCUCUUCCAAAGAUUGACUUUUCAAUGCAACUUAGGCAGUAUUUUCUCAGUAAAAUGCUUCAUUGAAGGUCAGAGAUGCCAUCAAGAAGGAUCUUGAAGGUUUUCUCCUUCCAAAGACUAUCAUUUCAAGGCAACUUGGGCAGUAUUUCCACAGCAAAAUGCUCCAAGAAUGGUCACUGAAGGUCAGAGAUACCAUCAAGAAGGAUCUUGAAGGCUUUCUCCUUGUCUUUUCAAUGCAACUUGGGCAGUUUUCCCCUCAGCAAAAUGCUUCUGGAAUGGUCACUGAAGGUCAGAGAGCCUACCAAGGAUCUUGAAGGUUUUCUUUUUUCCAAAAUCUUUUCAAGGCAACUUGGGCAAUAUUUCCACAGUAAAUCAUUUGCAGCAGCUACUGACUUCCUGCAAAAUUGGCAUCAACGGUGGAUGAAGAUAAGAACAGAUGUCUUUUGGUGGAUCUCCAAAGUCUUCCAACUUGGCAUUGGAAUCUGAGACCUCUCUGCCUUUUCUACCAAAUAUUUGGCUCCAUUCUCGAGAAGCCAGGAAUGAAAUGAGACUAACAUGAGACUAACCUCACCAUCACUGAUGGCUGAAUUCCCUUCGUAUCAGUGGGUUUGGUCUCUUAACUACCAAACCCCAAGGACACCAAAAACAGGGUCUAUUCCUGUUUAUCUGUUCGUUUGCUUUUCUUGUUCCUCCAAUGUGUGUACAUACAGUUUUGUAAUCCUUGCAUUCCUGGACCACUACUCCCCCUUUUUUGGUAUUUUUCUCCUUUUUUUAGUUCAUUAUUAAAUACUGUUAUUAUAA